CCCCACCCCCCCCUUUCCCCCAAAAGAAUUUUCCGUUGUUUUCUCGGGAAAAGCAGAAACCCAGGAGCUAUUGGGAACCCAAACAGAAUCUGGGGAGUUUUAUUUCCGUUUUCGAGUUGGAAAAAUGUCAGCUGGGUUGGGAAAGUGCACCAAAAUCCGCCACAUUGUGAAGCUCCAACAGAUGCUGCGGCGGUGGAGGAACAAAGCCCGGGUGUCGGCCGGGCGGAUACCGGCUGAUGUGCCGGCGGGUCACGUGGCGGUCUGCGUGGGCACCAAUUGCAAGAGGUUUGUGGUGCGCGCGACGUACCUGAACCACCCCGUUUUCGAAAAGCUAUUACUCCAGGCGGAGGAAGAGUUCGGGUUCACCAACCAGGGACCCUUGGCCAUCCCUUGCGACGAGUCAGUGUUCAAAGAAGCGAUCCGGUUCAUCUCCCUGUCCGAGUCAGGUCGCGGAACCAGACUCUUUAACCUCGACGAUGUCAAAGCUAACUGCCACGUCGGUGUCCGGAGAAACCUUGAAUUAUGGACGGAAUCCCGACCAUUUCUUCAUGAGUUGGCCGAUGAAUCAAUCUGGUAAGAAACUGAGAAUAGAAAACAUGCUCUGAUUCUCCCCCGGAGUUUGACUCAACCGGAGACCGGCAGCGAGUUAAUGAGAAGACUGAGUUACCGGAAAUUAGCAGUUUGUUACCAAUUGAAUGGAGAUUUUUGCUUACCUCUAGAUAAAGCAUAAAGGUGAGUAGUGAAGUUUUAUUUUUUUUCUCUCUUUUUUGGGGAAAUAUAUUUAAGAAUAAAAAGGAGCUAGGGUAAAAGAAGGAGAUGGGGUUGAAUGUAAAAUUGACUCCAGAGAAUGCAUGGAGAUGGCAGAAAUGGUGGGGUGAGUUUGUCCACCGAGAGUCGUCCCGGGUUCUACUCGGAUGAUCGAGUCAAAAGGAUUUGAGAAAAUGUUGUAAAUUCUGUGAUUUUUUGAUUUAUUAGUGAGAAAAUUGUAGAGAUAUUUGUACCACAAAAAAUAAAUAAAAUUGUAGAGA